AUGUCGGUGCGGAUCAAGGCGGUAGUAGACCGGUUCGUGAAGGAGCUGCAGGAGGCGCUGGACGCGGACAUCCAGGACCGCAUCAUGAAGGAGCGCGAGAUGCAGAGCUACAUCGAGGAGCGCGAGCGCGAGGUCGCCGAGCGGGAGGCCGCCUGGAAGGCCGAGCUCUCCCGCCGCGAGGCUGAGAUUGCACGGCAAGAAGCUAGGCUGAAGAUGGAAAAGGAGAAUUUAGAGAAGGAAAAGAGCGUCCUCAUGGGAACAGCAUCCAGCCAAGACAACCAAGAUGGAGCCCUUGAGAUCACUGUCAGUGGUGAGAAGUACAGGAAAUCCUGGAAUGCCCUUAACAGAAUAGUGGAUACUUAUGCUAAGACUGUCUUGUUUAUAAAAAACUGGGCAACCAGAACAGCUGCAAUGGGAGUUGAUGAUGACUGA